AUGUCGUCGCCUGCCAGCACAAACAAGAUCGCCUCGAGGCGGCUACAUGCCACUGCUCGACACCUCAAGCCUACAACUACCACGGCCGCCCUCAUCGCAGACUCGUAUCCGCUCAGCCAUGACCCCAUUGAGUCUCCAGUCGACACGCAGAACUUCUUAGAUAACAGGUUUGUGCCUUCAAAAGCGACGACGUGGCUAGACCUCCACGAUCCUGCCACCAACAAUCUCGUUACACGAGUGCCUCAGAGUACCAAUGAGGAGCUGCUGGCCGCUGUCGAUAGCGCGCAGAAGGCGUUCAAGCCAUGGAAGGAGACCAGCUUGCUUUACAGGCAACAGAUUAUGUUCAAAUACGUCGCAUUGAUCCGAGAGAACUGGGACAGGCUAGCUGCUAGUAUCACAUUGGAGCAAGGGAAGACUCUUGCCGAUGCAAAGGGUGAUGUCUUGCGCGGCUUGCAAGUAGCCGAGACGGCAUGCGGCAUCACGACCCAGAUGACGGGCGAGGUGCUGGAAGUCGCAAAAGAUAUGGAGACCAGAAGUUACCGAGAACCUCUUGGUGUUGUUGCUGCUAUUUGUCCCUUUAACUUCCCUGCCAUGAUUCCUCUGUGGUCAAUUCCCAUUGCGACAGUCGUCGGCAACACCAUCGUCAUCAAGCCCUCGGAGCGUGAUCCUGGCGCUUGCAUGAUCCUGGCUGAGCUCGCUGAGAAAGCUGGGUUUCCUGCGGGUGUAGUCAACAUCGUCCACGGCUCCGCGAAAACAGUCGACUUCAUCCUUGAUGAGCCGCGCAUCAAGGCCGUGAGCUUCGUAGGGAGUAACAAGGCUGGUGAAUAUAUCUACUCCCGCGCAUCAGCUAAUGGCAAGCGAGUCCAGGCGAACUUGGGUGCGAAGAAUCAUGCUGCUGUCCUCCCAGACUGCAACAAGAACCACGCCUUAAAUGCCAUUGCUGGUGCGGCUUUCGGUGCGGCUGGUCAACGAUGCAUGGCAUUGAGUACCCUUGUCAUGAUUGGCGAGACCAAGGACUGGGUGCCAGAGAUUGCGGAACGCGCAAAGGCUCUUAAGAUGGACGGUGGAUUUGAGGAGGGUGCUGACCUAGGACCCGUGAUCAGCCCACAGGCGAAGAAAAGGAUCGAAGAUCUGAUCGCCAGCGCUGAGGAAGAGGGUGCGACCAUCCUCCUCGAUGGCCGGGGCCAAAAACCUCCGAAGUACCCCAACGGUAACUGGGUUGGUCCGACCAUCAUCGCUAAUGUUAAGCCCGACAUGAAGUGCUACAAGGAGGAAAUUUUUGGUCCUGUCCUAGUCUGCCUCAAUGUAGGGACGAUAGAUGAGGCCAUUGAGCUCAUCAACGAGAAUGAGUAUGGAAACGGUACUGCUAUCUUUACCCGGUCUGGUGCCACAGCUGGUCGGUUCCAGCGAGAGAUUGAGGCAGGCCAGGUCGGCAUCAACGUCCCCAUUCCCGUCCCACUCCCCAUGUUUUCUUUCACGGGCAACAAGAAGUCGGUUGCUGGCGGAGGAGCCAACACAUUUUAUGGAAAACCAGGGCUGCAAUUCUACACCCAACAAAAGACAGUGACCAGUCUCUGGAGGAGCGAGGACGCCGUGGCUUCAAAGGCCAGCGUGAACAUGCCUACUCACAGCUAG